CUGCGAGGCACAGCGACGCGGGAGGCGCGCGGAGCCCGAGCCGAGCCCGUGCGCGCGCCGCCAUGCCCUUGGCCUUCUGCGGUACCGAGAACCACUCGGCCGCCUACCGGGUGGACCAGGGCGUCCUCAACAACGGCUGCUUCGUGGACGCGCUCAACGUGGUGCCGCACGUUUUCCUGCUCUUCAUCACCUUCCCCAUCCUCUUCAUCGGAUGGGGCAGCCAGAGCUCCAAGGUGCACAUCCACCACAGCACCUGGCUGCACUUUCCAGGGCACAACCUGCGCUGGAUCCUUACCUUCAUUUUGCUCUUCGUCCUUGUGUGUGAGAUCGCUGAGGGCAUCCUGUCUGAUGGGGUGACAGAAUCCCGCCACCUCCACCUGUACAUGCCAGCCGGGAUGGCGUUCAUGGCUGCCAUCACCUCUGUAGUCUACUAUCAUAACAUCGAGACCUCCAACUUCCCCAAGCUUUUGAUCGCUCUGCUCAUCUAUUGGACCCUGGCCUUCAUCACGAAGACCAUCAAGUUUGUCAAGUUCUAUGACCACGCCAUCGGCUUCUCCCAGCUGCGCUUCUGCCUCACGGGGCUUCUGGUGAUCCUGUAUGGGAUGUUGCUGCUUGUGGAGGUCAACGUCAUCAGAGUGAGGAGGUACAUCUUCUUCAAGACGCCACGGGAGGUGAAGCCCCCUGAGGACCUGCAGGACCUGGGUGUGCGCUUUCUGCAGCCCUUCGUUAACCUGCUGUCAAAGGGGACCUAUUGGUGGAUGAAUGCCUUCAUCAAGACGGCCCACAAGAAGCCCAUCGACCUGCGGGCCAUCGGCAAGCUGCCCAUCGCCAUGAGAGCCCUCACCAACUAUCAGCGCCUCUGCGUGGCCUUCGAUGCUCAGGCGCGGAAGGACACACAGAGCCCACAGGGUGCCCGGGCCAUCUGGAGGGCUCUAUGCCAUGCCUUUGGGAGACGCCUGAUCCUCAGCAGCACAUUCCGCAUCCUGGCUGACCUGUUGGGCUUCGCUGGACCACUCUGCAUCUUUGGGAUCGUGGACCACCUGGGGAAGGAGAACCACGUCUUCCAGCCCAAGACACAGUUUCUCGGGGUUUACUUCGUCUCUUCUCAAGAGUUCCUUGGCAAUGCCUACGUCUUGGCCGUGCUUCUGUUCCUUGCCCUGCUACUGCAAAGGACAUUCCUGCAAGCCUCAUACUACGUCGCCAUUGAAACUGGAAUUAACCUGAGAGGAGCCAUCCAGACCAAGAUUUACAAUAAAAUCAUGCACCUGUCCACCUCCAACCUGUCAAUGGGGGAAAUGACUGCUGGGCAGAUCUGCAACCUGGUGGCCAUCGACACAAACCAGCUCAUGUGGUUCUUCUUUCUGUGCCCAAACCUCUGGGCGAUGCCAGUACAGAUCAUUGUGGGCGUGAUCCUUCUCUACUACAUCCUUGGGGUCAGUGCCUUGAUUGGAGCAGCUGUCAUCAUUCUGCUGGCUCCUGUACAGUACUUUGUGGCCACCAAGCUCUCCCAGGCACAGCGGAGCACCUUGGAGCACUCCAACGAGAGGCUGAAGCAGACCAACGAGAUGCUCCGGGGCAUGAAGCUGCUCAAACUGUAUGCGUGGGAGAGCAUCUUCUGCUCCAGGGUGGAGGUGACUCGCAGGAAGGAGAUGACCAGCCUGAGGGCGUUUGCUGUCUACACUUCCAUCUCCAUCUUCAUGAACACAGCCAUCCCCAUUGCUGCCGUCCUCAUCACCUUCGUGGGCCACGUCAGCUUCUUCAAAGAGUCGGACUUGUCACCCUCGGUGGCCUUUGCCUCCCUCUCUCUCUUCCACAUCCUGGUCACUCCACUGUUCCUGCUGUCUAGCGUGGUUCGGUCCACUGUCAAAGCCCUGGUGAGCGUGCAAAAACUGAGCGAGUUCCUGUCUAGUGCAGAGAUCCGUGAGGAGCAGUGCGCCCCCCGAGAGCCUGCACCCCAAGGCCAAGCCGGCAAGUACCAGGCAGUGCCCCUCAAGGUUGUGAACCGCAAACGCCCAGCCCGGGAAGAGGUCCGGGACCUCCUGGGCCCACUGCAGAGGCUGGCCCCUAGCAUGGACGGGGAUGCUGACAACUUCUGUGUCCAGAUCAUCGGAGGCUUCUUCACCUGGACCCCUGAUGGAAUCCCCACUCUGUCCAACAUCACCAUCCGUAUUCCCCGAGGUCAGCUAACCAUGAUUGUGGGGCAGGUGGGCUGCGGCAAGUCCUCGCUCCUCCUCGCCACCCUGGGGGAGAUGCAGAAGGUGUCGGGGGCCGUCUUCUGGAACAGCAACCUUCCGGACAGCGAGGGAGAGGACCCCAGCAGCCCAGAGCGGGAGACAGCAGCUGGCUCGGAUAUCAGGAGCAGAGGCCCCGUGGCCUACGCAUCUCAGAAACCAUGGCUGCUAAACGCCACCGUGGAAGAGAACAUCACCUUCGAGAGUCCCUUCAAUAAGCAGCGGUACAAGAUGGUCAUCGAAGCCUGCUCCCUGCAGCCGGACAUAGACAUCCUGCCCCACGGAGACCAGACUCAGAUUGGGGAACGGGGCAUCAACCUGUCUGGUGGUCAGCGUCAGCGUAUCAGUGUGGCCAGAGCCCUCUACCAGCAGACCAAUGUCGUCUUCUUGGAUGACCCCUUCUCAGCUUUGGAUGUCCAUCUGAGUGACCACCUGAUGCAGGCCGGCAUCCUUGAGCUGCUCCGGGAUGACAAGAGGACAGUGGUCCUGGUGACCCACAAGCUACAGUAUCUGCCUCAUGCAGACUGGAUCAUUGCCAUGAAGGAUGGGACCAUUCAGAGGGAAGGGACGCUCAAGGACUUCCAGAGGUCCGAGUGCCAGCUCUUUGAGCACUGGAAGACCCUCAUGAACCGGCAGGACCAAGAGCUGGAGAAGGAGACAGUCAUGGAGAGGAAAGCCUCAGAGCCAUCUCAGGGCCUGCCCCGUGCCAUGUCCUCCAGAGACGGCCUUCUGCUGGAUGAGGAAGAGGAGGAAGAGGAGGCAGCCGAAAGCGAGGAAGAUGACAACUUAUCUUCAGUGCUGCAUCAGCGAGCUAAGAUCCCCUGGCGAGCCUGCACUAAGUAUCUGUCCUCUGCUGGCAUUCUGCUCCUGUCCCUGCUUGUCUUCUCCCAGCUGCUCAAGCACAUGGUCUUGGUGGCCAUUGAUUAUUGGCUGGCCAAGUGGACGGACAGUGCCCUGGUCCUGAGCCCCGCUGCCAGGAACUGUUCGCUCAGCCAGGAAUGUGACCUGGACCAGUCUGUCUAUGCCAUGGUAUUCACCUUGCUCUGCAGCCUGGGUAUCGUGCUGUGCCUGGUCACCUCUGUCACUGUGGAGUGGACGGGACUGAAGGUGGCCAAGAGGCUACACCGCAGCCUGCUCAACCGCAUCAUCCUGGCCCCCAUGAGGUUCUUUGAGACCACACCCCUCGGGAGUAUCCUGAACAGAUUUUCAUCCGACUGUAACACCAUUGACCAGCACAUCCCAUCCACGCUGGAGUGUCUGAGCCGGUCCACCCUGCUGUGUGUCUCCGCCCUGACUGUCAUCUCCUAUGUCACACCCGUGUUCCUCGUGGCCCUCUUACCCCUAGCUGUUGUGUGCUACUUCAUUCAGAAGUACUUCCGAGUGGCAUCCAGGGACCUGCAGCAGCUGGACGACACGACGCAGCUCCCGCUGCUCUCACACUUUGCUGAAACUGUGGAGGGACUCACCACCAUCCGUGCCUUCAGGUACGAGGCCCGGUUCCAGCAGAAGCUUCUAGAAUAUACCGACUCCAACAACAUCGCUUCCCUCUUCCUCACGGCAGCCAACAGAUGGCUGGAAGUCCGCAUGGAGUACAUCGGAGCGUGCGUGGUACUCAUUGCGGCUGCCACCUCCAUCUCCAACUCCCUGCACAGGGAACUUUCUGCUGGCCUGGUGGGCCUGGGCCUCACCUAUGCCUUGAUGGUCUCCAACUACCUCAACUGGAUGGUGAGGAACCUGGCGGACAUGGAGAUCCAGCUGGGGGCUGUGAAGCGGAUCCACGCACUCCUGAAAACCGAGGCGGAGAGCUAUGAGGGGCUCCUGGCGCCGUCGUUGAUCCCCAAGAACUGGCCAGACCAAGGGAAGAUCCAAAUUCAGAACCUGAGCGUGCGCUAUGACAGCUCCCUGAAGCCAGUGCUGAAGCAUGUCAACGCCCUCAUCUCCCCGGGGCAGAAGAUCGGGAUCUGCGGCCGCACAGGCAGCGGGAAGUCCUCCUUCUCCCUGGCCUUUUUCCGAAUGGUGGACAUGUUUGAAGGGCGCAUCAUCAUUGAUGGCAUCGACAUCGCCAAGCUGCCACUUCACACGCUGCGCUCACGCCUGUCCAUCAUCCUACAGGACCCCGUCCUCUUCAGCGGCACGAUCAGAUUCAACCUGGACCCCGAGAAGAAAUGCUCAGACAGCACACUGUGGGAGGCCCUGGAGAUCGCCCAGCUGAAGCUGGUGGUGAAGGCACUGCCAGGAGGCCUAGAUGCCAUCAUCACAGAAGGAGGGGAGAAUUUUAGCCAGGGCCAGAGGCAGCUGUUCUGCCUGGCCCGGGCCUUCGUGAGGAAGACCAGCAUCUUCAUCAUGGAUGAAGCAACCGCCUCCAUCGACAUGGCUACGGAGAACAUCCUCCAGAAGGUGGUGAUGACAGCCUUCGCAGACCGCACGGUGGUCACCAUCGCGCAUCGUGUGCACACCAUCCUGAGUGCAGACCUGGUGAUGGUCCUCAAGAGGGGUGCUAUCCUGGAGUUUGACAAGCCAGAGACACUCCUCAGCCAGAAGGACAGCGUGUUCGCCUCCUUUGUCCGUGCGGACAAGUGACUUACCGGAGCCAAAGUGCCAUCCCGCGCCUCGCUCGCUUGCCUAGGAUUUCUAACUGCAAAUCACUUGUAAAUAAAUUAAUUAUUUGCUACUGGAGGCCCUGGCUCUGUGGAAGGGGCAGCAGUGUCCCGUGAGUGCAGGGAACCAGCCUGCCUUUGGAACCAAGCAGACCUGAAGAUGCCAUGUGAACAGAGGCAAAACCAUGUUCCUGCUCUGUCGGGCAGUUCCAGACGCCUUAGCAAAACGCCACAGUCUGGAUGGCUUUUCACAGCAAAAAUGCCUUUGUCCCUGUCUUGGAGACUGAGUCAAGAUCAAGGUGCUGGAUGCUUUGGUUUCUCCUGAGGCCUCUUUAGCCUUUCGCGGUGUUCUCACAACCUCUCAACCCCGCCCUUUCUCUCUCCCCACCCGUCUGUUUUUCCUCUAAGUCACUAGGCAUAUUGGAUUAGCUACCCACAACCUCACUGAGCCGUAAUUCCCUCCUCAUGGGCCCGGGCCACAAAUAAAUAAGUGGGGACUGCA